ACCUAUUCUCAAGAUGGAGUUACUGAGACUGUCUGGACAAGUGGAUCUUCAAAAAGUGGACCUCUGCAGACAUUUUCUAGGGAGUCUUCAAGAGUGUCAAGAAGAACACCAAGGAAAAGGGUGGAAGCUACAGCACAGGUGCCUGUAGAUGAUGCUGUAAUAUCAGAGAGUACUCCCAUAGCUGAAACUAUAUUGACUGCAAGCAACGAGAGCCUAGUUGUCAAUAGGGUGACUGGAAAUUUCAAGCAUGCAGCUCCUACACUGUCAAUCAGUGAACUCUCAGACAUGCCCAGAAGAACACCAAAGAAGCCACUGAUGACAACUGAAGUGCUGGAGAGAACUUCCACAGAAGAACAAAAGGUUGAAAGGGAUAUUCUUAAGGAAAUGUUCCCUUAUGAAGCAUCAACACCUACAGGAAUUAGUGCUAGCUGCCGUAGACCAAUCAAAGGAGCUGCUAGCCGGCCUAUAGAGCACAGUGACUUCAGAAUGGAGGAAAGUUUCUCUAAGUAUGCUCCAAAAUACAGUACCUCAACUGACACCAAGUUGGAGAAACCACCAAUAAAAAAAGAACGCUCCGUUCCCUUGUGGAUGAAAGUUCUUCUCUUUGUUGCUGUUUUGGUCUUCUUGGGUUUGGUUUAUCAGUCUAUGGAAAUUAAUCAAGGAAAUCCUUUCUCUAAAUAUCUGAAUACUACCUCUCAGGACAGUGCCAAAUGAGUACCUUUCCAAAAGGCACACCUGAUUUGAUCUCCUGUUUUUAAUUGUAGAGAACUCUUCUGCCCUCUCAUCGGCUCAAGGACUUCUAACAAAAAAUGUGAUUGGAACCUGAUAAAUUGGAUAAAUGAAUCAAGAUAAUAUUAAAUGGACAUCGGUAACUUCCUGGACUUUGGACUAGUAGAAGAUCACUUUGACAUAGGAGUAACAUUUUUUUUAGAUCUUGGAACUUUUUCUAGGCUUUAUUUUUUUAAUGUGGACAUUCUUUAAAUUCAUUUUUGAGAAACUGUAUAUUUGUUUUUGAAAGGACUUGGAAGUUGAGAAGGGCAAAAAUGUAGUAAAAUGUGAAGCUGUGUUUUAUAGCUUUUCCUUUGUACAGAAAAGAAGUUGUACUUUUGCCUCUAGAUUACUGUGGAGGAGGAUUUUAACACAGGUGAUAAAAGGAAAUGCAUUUUUGUAUGUAUUUUUUCAGUAACAAUGUAACUGAAUUUGAUCUCUUAGGAUGUAGGGAGAGUACAACCACCUUUUCUGUAGAUUACUGUAACUUUUUAGUAAAUGUAACUGUAAACCUGUUUGCAUUUCUGUAAAAGUUUUAGUAUCAUUAGUAACUCCUUUCAAGCAUAACAUCAUUUAAAUGUAUCCCUUCAUUUUAGUGCUUACAGUGUUGUAGGGGCUGAAUGCAAAUCUAAUUGGCAAGAGACGUCUUAGAGGAACUUAUUUAUUAGUAAUAUGCGUGGAAAAUAAAAACUGCAUCAAUAUAAUUUGCUACUAAAAUACUUUUUUGGGUCAAGGUUAUGAGAAGUAGUCUAAAUUCCAACUUGAGCAGUCUUUUUUAAAAAAGCGAGGUCUUUCAAUACAACUUUAGGUGAUUAUCUUUUGAAUAUUCAUGUAGAGAAGUAUUCUCAAAAGCGUUGAAAAUUCCGUAUGAAGUUUUAUUCUUGUAUGAAGAGGGCAUUGCUGCAUUUUCUGCUACAAUUUCAUCUUCUAAGGUGAGAUUUACUACUUUCAUGCAUCUGAAUAUUUUCCUCAGUGGAAGCAUGCUGAAACGCUCUAUAUUGUGUAACCUAGUCGAGCAGGAAUCUGACUUCACUACUACCAAUAAAGAGUGAUAAGCAACAAUGUUUUUAAAGUGAAUGUAUACAUUUUUGGUGUGCUUAAAUCUGCAGCAUACAGAUGUUCAGUCUUACUGCUUGGUACAAAACCGCAAUAAAUCAUACUACUUAUUCUUAAAGUGCUACUUAUAAAAAGCUGAGAACAUUAGUUAAUAGUAUGUUUUUACUCUAGGUACAGUUAUUGUGUAGCCUAUAGCCUUGGGGAAGCUUUACUUUCUGUGAACUUUGGGACAAACAUGGUAAUUUGUAGCCAAGUAAUAGUGUGUUUUUCUGUUAAGAUUAAUGUUUGGAUUUUUUCCUUUAAAUCUGCUUUUUUUUUUAGUAAUCUAAUAGCUAAACUUGUGUCCAUUUAUAGAAAACUGUAACAUAGGACAUUCAUUUUUGGUGUCAAAAUACAGAAAAAUAAAAAUUACUUUAAUGUGUGUGGAUUUUCCUUAUCAAAAUAAAUGCAUUGCUGAAAAGCAGCAAG